AUGGACGAGAUCGCCGAGCUGCAGCAGCAACUGGCGGCGGUGCAGCAGCAGGAGGCGGCGCUCAAGCUGUCGGACCACAACGUCAUCGACUUGCUGCGCAAGCUGCAACAGACCGGCAAGCUCCAGGUCAUCCACACGCGCACGGGCAAGCAGUUUCUCACGCCGCUUCGGGUGCAGCGCGAGGUCGCCGACUACGUGGCGCUCUACGGCGGACGUGUGAGCCUCACGGAGCUCGAGAAGCUCAUUGACGUGGACCGGACGCACGUCGAGAAGCAGGUGGCCGCGCUCUGCCGCAGCAGUCGCAGCCACAAGGACUCGUACGUUGUGGUCAACGACGGCGAAGAGGUGCUCACGAGUUCGUACUUAGACGGGAUCAUGGAAGACACGGACGUGCUGUUGCAAGAGCGCGGCACGACGUCCAUUGGGGACUUGGCCCAGCACUAUGGCUUUGCCGUCGACUACAUGCGGGACGUCGUACGGCGGCGCCUGGGCGGGAUCUUGCGAGCGCGUGAGCGGGACAAUGUCUUGUACACGGACGCGUACGUGACGGCCCAGAAGGCGCGACUUCGGGGCGUGUUUGCGGCAGUGACACGUCCAGCGUUCGUGCUCGACGUGCUGCGUUCGUUUGGCAUCGACGAAGCAGUGGCGAACGAGGCGCUGGCCGAGUUGUUGCAGGCCAAAGUGCUCAUGGGGACGCUGCGAGGCCGUGAGUACGUGCCGUACGUGUUUAUGGACGCCCAGCGAUCGAGUAUGUACUCGUUUUUUCAAGAAAAUGGGUACAUUGAUCACGCACGAGCGCGCGAGCUGCAAGUUGCUCGGCCGUACGACUUUCUGCGAAAGCGGUUUCCAGAUGCUGUGCGGCUCCAAGAGAGUGUCGUGAGUCGCGCGUUGCAGCUGCAGAUGGACGGAGCAGUGGAAGCAGCGGUGACCGAGGAGUCCGUCGUGGAUGUACGGUCGGUGGUGCCGAGUGCCUUGUCAACAGGCGACGUGGCAGCGCUGCUCGUGCUGUCGCCGGCGUUGACAAAGACAGGACACGAGCCCACGGCGUUCCAGAUUGCAGACAGUUAUGCAGUGAGCGCAGGCUUUUUCAGGUCGUGUAUGGACAAGUUUGAGGAAGAUGCGCGGGUCAAAGCGACGCGUGCUGCCACUCAGCAGAAGAGUAGCGGUGGUAAUGGUUGUGCUGUUCGGGAAACGAGACAAGACGUUGACGAAGGCGAUGCUGUGGACGAAGAGGAGGCUGGCGGGAAGGUGGGCAACAAGAAAGAGAAGCGUGGCAAGGGUGGCAAGAAGCGCGACCAAGAAGAGUCGGGAGGACGGAGUGGAAAGGCUGGAAAGGCCAAGAAGGGGAAACGAGGAGCCAAGCGGGGCGGAGAUGUUGGCGACGACAGUGAGGCUCGAGCGUCGUCGACUCAAGUCUCGAUCGUGCCUACGCGUGAGGAAAUCAUUGACCUUCUUGUCAAGUGGUUUCCAGUCGUUGCGGAUCUAGAAGGUGACGAUGACUUUAUGGACGGCAUGGUGGCACAUCUGGAAAGCAAGAUUGCCAACGUGUACUCGACCGCUCUGGCCAAGGCGCUGUCGAGCGUUCUACGAGGAGAUGCUGUGUCUUUGCGCGAGCUGCGCAAGACGUUUGAAGAACGCUUCGACGAACUCUUUUCGAUGCUGCUUCUAUUCGAAAAGGGCUUUAACAAGCUAUCGAUGCACGUGGAUGCCAAGGAUGUUGCUGGCAUGGAACAGCUUGCUGUCGUGGAGGUGCAUUUGCUUGCAUCGUCUGCUGUAGUGCUGACAGCUUUGGCCACAAGUUUUGUUGCUGAAAGCAACAGUCUUGAAAUGGAAGACGUGCCGCCCCUGUCACGUUCUGGUGGCAGCGAAGAGGACGGGAGUAAAAAGGCGGCUGGUCCUUUGACGACCCUGAGCGACGAGGACAAACGAGUACUCGAGUCAAGUCUUCCGCAAUCGACUGCAAGUGCCCUGGUGCGAUCAUGGACACUGGCUACCGCUGGUCGUCGAUCACUAGGCGAUUUCAUGGCUCAUGUGCCGAUUCUGGCCGAUGCUCUGAGUAUGCCGCUUCCCAAACUAGAUCGUAAAAAAGAGCGUCAGAUCAUUUUCGGGUACCGACAAGCAACGGUCGCACAGCUGGACGAGAAGGUGGCACUCGCGACUGAGGGCGACCAGCACUAUGCUUUGGUUGCAACGAUGGUUUUGCAGCUAUUCUUCCAGCAGCUCACUGGACUGCCAGGCAGUUUUCCACGUGAAACUGUGUCGUACGGCGAAACGGUGCUUGCCGCGUUCCAGGGUUCUAUGCCGGAAAAAGCGAUGCUUAUCAUGCAAAGAUUCGUGCGCGUGGCAAGCGCGAUUGGUAGUGGCGAUGGAGUCGCUGAAGAGCAGCAGAGUACGUGGAGCGAGAGUCUGAACGCUGCGCGAGCGUUGGUGCUGUUAAAAGACAUGAGUUGUGUAGCAUGA